AUGCAGAACGCGGACUGUCACGCCCGGCCUGCCGUGAUCGAGUUCAUGUGCUCAACGGAUGCACGCAGCGUCAGAGGAUGCUAUGUUGUGGAAGGGCUCAAGAAGCUGACCCGAAUCCAAUCCUGGUGGCGGCUCUUUGCUGGAGCGCCCUGGGUGCGAUACUUCAUGGUGUGGAUGUUGCACCACGACGACCAUGAGAGCGAAGUGGCAUCAGUGGAUGAAGCAGGUUUUAACAUCAGCCUGUAUGCAGCGCUGAAGGGUGAAGGCCCGCAAAUGCGGCGCCUGCAGAACUUUUUGGUUUGA